AUGCCGGAACCUCCCAUGUUUUCCUUCAUCUCGCCCAUCAUGUCGGCCAAUCUUCAACAGUCAGGGCGCGCAUCAGCAAACGCCGCCGGGAGAGAUGCGGAUGCCCAAUCCACGCUAGAGAUGUGCCAGGUGAUGCAUUCGGAGAACGCCAACGUCGGCGCCGCCGUUGAGGCCUGCCUUCCGAACAUCGCCAAAGCUAUUGACCUUGUCGGCCCCAGAGUGGCCAGAGGCGGACGUGUAAUUUAUCUUGGCGCCGGUCCUGGUGGGAGUCAAUCUAACCCGUCCAUCCCACCUCGCCGCUUCGUCGGCCAGCUCGCGGGUGGCGACGUUGCCAUGCGCUACGAAGCCGAAGGUGUCGACGAGUCCAUCGACCUGGGUAAGGCCGACCUGGCCGUGCUGUCGCCCCCGCUUGACCCCGCCCGAGACACGGUUGUCGGCAUCCUCCUGCCCAUGUCGUCACUGUAUGUGCUCGGCGGCCUCAAGUUCGCCAAAGAUGCGGGCUGCCUUGUUCUGGGUAUCGCACGCAUGCGCAUCGGUGCCAUUGGCUCCAUCUGCCAUCAUGUCAUCGAGUGCAAUACCGAGGGCCCGGAGAUGGGGUUCAAGGCCGGCUUGGCGCUGAAGAUGAUCCUCGGUAUGAUGACCGACGGGAUCAACAACAAAGCUAUCACCAGCCGCCGACCACAUAGAUAG